CCUAAAACUGUAACCUGACUCAUGACAUCAUCGCUUCGAGCUGGUGUUUAAACGAUUCCAGAUGAAGGAGCAACUUCCUCAAAACUGCAGCAUAUAAAGAGGUCGUCCACUAACCCAGUUUCAAACCAACAUUCACCUUUUGUUCUGAACUUCUGGAAAUCAGGUCUGUUUGUCAGGGCAUAAUGCAUAGGCCUACAUUUGGUGGAAUCACCCUGCUUGUGGUGGUGUGGUGUGGACUAGCUCACACUCUGGAGAAUCUCACACUGGAUGAAGCAUGGGAGAACUGGAAACUCACCCACAAGAGGGAGUACAAUGGCCUGGAUGAAGAGUCUAUUCGACGGGCAAUUUGGGAGAAGAACAUGCUGUUUAUUGAGGCGCAUAACAGAGAGUACGAACUGGGAAUUCAUACCUACAAUCUGGGCAUGAACCAUUUUGGAGAUAUGACACUAGAAGAAGUGGCAGAGAAAGUCAUGGGACUUCAAAUGCCCAUGUACCGGGACCUAACUAACACAUAUGAGCCUGAUGACACAGUGGAGAAGUUGCCCAAAUCAAUUGACUACCGUAAACUGGGAUACGUAACUUCUGUCAAAAACCAAGGUUCUUGCGGCUCAUGCUGGGCCUUUAGCUCGGUUGGGGCUUUGGAAGGUCAGCUGAAGAAGACCAAAGGUCAGCUGGUGGACCUCAGUCCUCAGAACCUGGUGGACUGUGUGACUGACAAUGAUGGCUGUGGUGGAGGAUAUAUGACAAAUGCCUUCAAAUACGUCAAAAACAACCAAGGCAUUGAUUCAGAGGAGAGCUACCCCUAUGUUGGAAUGGACCAGCAGUGUGCCUAUAACAGUUCAGCAAGAGCGGCCAGUUGUAAAAGGUAUAAAGAGAUUCCUCAGGGUAAUGAGAUGGCACUGACUGCUGCCGUGGCAAAGGUGGGACCUGUAUCAGUGGGUAUAGAUGCCAUGCAGUCCACCUUCCUGUACUACAAAAGCGGUGUGUACUUUGAUCCCAACUGCAACAAGGACGAUGUCAAUCAUGCAGUUCUAGCUGUUGGUUACGGAGCCACACCGAAAGGGAAAAAGUAUUGGAUUGUGAAGAACAGAUGGGGUGAGGACUGGGGGAAGAAGGGGUACGUUCUGAUGGCUCGUAACCGUAACAAUGCAUGUGGCAUUGCCAGCCUGGCCAGUUUCCCUGUCAUGUGAGAGCUGAAAGUAGGGAACUCACAAAGGACCAAACUUGUCAACUGCUGACU